AUGGUGCGUCAGCUGCACGACGGUAUGAUGGCGCGAGUCACGGACAACGGAGCUGUCUCAGAGGCAUUCGCAGUGACCAACGGAGUGAAGCAGGGAUGCGUGCUGGCACCAACCCUCUUCAGUCUUAUGUUCUCUGCCAUGCUGAUGGACGCCUACCGCGACGAACGCCCUGGAAUCCGCAUCGCCUACAGAACGGACGGUCAUCUGCUGAAUCACCGGCGCAUGAACUUCCAAUCGCGCGUAUCCACAACUACCGAGCACGAACUCCUCUUCGCCGACGACUGCGCCCUGAACACCACCUCGGAAGAGGAGAUGCAACGGAGCAUGGACCUAUUCUCCGCCGCCUGCGAGAACUUUGGGCUGGUCAUUAACACGCAGAAGACGGUGGUGAUGCACCAACCGCCGCCCAACUCAGCCACAGCCCCCAACGCGCCGCCGCAAAUCAGCGUGAACGGAAAUCAACUGCAAGUGGUAGAGAACUUCCCGUAUCUGGGCAGUACCCUCUCCCACAACACCAAGAUUGAUGACGAAGUCGCCAACAGGAUCUCGAAAGCCAGUCAAGCCUUCGGUCGCCUCCACAGCACAGUUUGGAAUCGUCAUGGUCUCCAACUGAGCACAAAGCUGAAGAUGUACAAGGCCGUCAUCCUGCCGACGUUACUGUACGGAGCAGAGACAUGGACGGUGUGCACGAGACAGGCACGCCGACUGAACCACUUCCACCUCAUUUGUCUGCGUCGCAUCCUGAGGCUGAACUGGCAGGACCGCAUCCCCGACACGGAAGUACUGGAACGAACGGGUAUCCUCAGCAUUUACGCCAUACUGAAACAAAUGCAGCUGCGCUGGAGCGGCCACCUGGUGCGCAUGGACGACGAGCGACUACCCAAACGACUCUUCUACGGAGACGUCGCGACGGGUUCUCGUCGUCAAGGAGGCCAAAUUCGCCGUUACAAGGAUACUCUGAAGUCCUCCCUGAAGCGCCUGCAAAUCAACCCGACCAACUGGGAAGAGCUCGCUCGCGAUCGUCCGACAUGGAGGAGAACAGUGAAGACGGGCGCUGCUAUCUAUGAAGCCAACCGAAUCGCCGCCGCCAAAGCGAAACGCGAAGCCCGCAAAUCACAAGUUCGCCCAGUCCGCAACGCCGCCGCACAACCUCUCCCUACGUGUCCUCGAUGCCACCGGACAUUCCGGGCACGAAUCGGACUUGUUGGACAUCUUCGGAUCCACUGCACCUCUCGAACUGCUCCAGCCAUCGUCCCCCCGCCCGCCUCUUCCUCCUCUCUUCCGCCAACUAACUCUGACAUUCCUUCUGCAUCACCACUUCCAUCCUCCUUCUCCUCCACUGCCCCAGCGGCGGCCGUUUAG